AUGACCGGGGUAGGGGCGGCAGGGGUGGCAGUGGUGACAGGGGCGGCAGGGGCGGCAGGGGCAGCAGGGGCGGGGCCAGUGGGUGAUCUGUACAUUCGCGGGCUGUCCUGGGGCACAUCGUCCGAUAGCCUCCGCAACUACUUCUCUCAAUUCGGCGAGGUGUCCCUGUGCUCUGUCAUCACGGAGCCCAGUGGCCGCUCCAGAGGCUACGGCUUUGUCAACUUCAGUGAUCCUGAGGCCAUAGCGCGUGUUCUCAGCUCUCCAGACGCCCUCACAGCUGAUGAAAUGCGCUCCUACUUUCUCAGGUACGGCCCAGUGGCGGACCUGUUCCAUCCGCAGCCCAGCAGGGGCUUUGCCUUCGUCACCUUCCAGACAGAGGAUGCUGCACGCUCCGCCAUGCAGGUGAAGGAGCAGGUCAUUGCUGGGGUGAGGGUGCACGUCAAGCCACCAGCGCCAAAGGCUUCCUCUGCCAUGGCCGGCAUGGCCGGCAUGGGCGGUAUGGGUGGUAUGGGUGGUGUGGGCGGCAUGGGUGGUAUGGGCGGCAUGGGUAGCAUUGGCAGCAUUGGCAGUAUGGGAAGUCUGGGUAGUAUGGGCAGUAUGGGUAGUAUGGGCAGUAUGGGCGGAAUGGGUGGUAUAGAAAGCAUGGGGAGCAUGGGCGCGCUUGGCGGACAGCUGGGAGUGUCGCCAUUGGUGGGGCAGCAACCGGCAGCGCUGUCAGGGCCUUCUCUAUUUAUAAGCAACCUGCACUACAGUGUCACAGUGCAGGAUCUGACGGAGUAUUUUAUGGUGCAUGGUGCGGUGCUGGGGGUGGACAUGUUUCGAGAUGAAAAGGGUCGAUCCAGAGUAAACCUCUUACCCGAAACUUCAUGUUUUCGUCUCACCAUCAUCUAG